ACCACCCCACAAUCAACUAUUCAAUCUUCCCCAUUUUAUCAAACAUAAAAAACAAGGUAUAGAAAAAAAAAUGUCAUAUCCUCACGAUUGGAUGCAACUCAAUUUCACCAAUGAAAAUCAAACAAACACCCCUCCGAUUGCCACCACCACCACCAACAACAACACCACUACCGCCGUCGCCGCAAGAAACAACAUUCCGGCCGCCUACGAAAGCCACGGAACGAGGCCAAUCCGGCGGCGUUCGAGGGCCUCACGGCGAACCCCCACCACCCUACUCAACACCGACACCACCAACUUCCGCGCCAUGGUGCAGCAGUUCACCGGCAGCCCCGCCGCCACGCCCACCGCCGCGCCGGGCCACCUCGUCAACGCCGCCGGGAUGUUCGAUUUCACGCAGCCGUCCAAUUGGUAUGAUCAAGGGAGAGGAGCUCAAUCUCAUGUCCCAUAUCCGAUCCAUAUGCAGCCGCGCCACGUGUCCGCGGUAGCCGACAUGCAUGGACGCGGCGGAGGCGGUGGCGGUGGCGCUCCGGCGGAGUCGUCUUCGCCGAAUGAAAGUCGUGAUUAUGAAAGCUACAUGCUUUGAUCAGCUGACUUUUCUUUUAUAGGUUUUGUAAAUUCUUUUCUCAUACAAAUAAUGCUGGCUAUUUUUGGCCACUUUUUUUAUUGAAUAAGUGGUAAUUUAUACUAGGAUCUUUCGAAAAAUUAAUUUCAAUAAUAUUUGAUCCGAAUUGAUACUAUGUGAUAGUACGGAGAGAAAAACAUUAAGUUUCCGAUUUUAUGCUAUGUUUUAAUUAUUUAUAUUAAAUGUUUUCU